AUGAUCAUGGAGCACCUACCCAAGCUUCAAACGAAGAAUAUAGUACUAGCAAGCCAGUCCCCGCGGCGUCGCGAAAUCCUCACGCUCAUGGGGCUCCCCUUCACGCCGGUGCCGUCUCAAUUCGAGGAAAACCUCGACAAGUCCUCGUUCAAAUCCCCGCGCGACUACGUCAUGGCCAAUGCGCACGGGAAAGCUGCGGACGUCGCGGCGAGCCAGACCGACUACGACCUCGUCAUCGGCAGUGACACGGUCGUCGUGCUCGACGGCAAGGUGCUCGAAAAGCCCAAGUCUGAGGGCGAGGCCUUCCGCAUGCUCGCCCAGCUCAGCGGCAGGCAGCACACCGUCGCCACCGGCGUGUCGCUCAUCGCCAAGGGCGACACAACUAGGACCUUUGCAGAGGAGACUUCGGUCUGGUUUGCGCACCUGUCGGAUGAUGUCAUCGGCGCCUACAUUAAGACGGGAGAACCUAUGGAUAAGGCGGGCGCGUAUGGCAUCCAGGGAAGGGGCGGAGCGCUUGUGCGUCGUAUCGAGGGCUGCUACUUUACCGUCAUGGGCUUGCCGAUGCACGCUUUGGCGAGGGAGAUUGCAGAGCUGUGCAAGGAGCACUUGCUGUAA